AUGGCCGACAAAGUUUUAAGUAGUUUUAUUCAAAGGGUUAAAUUAUUUAAAUUUUCUUAUUAUAAUAAUAAAAUUUUUAAAAGGACUGUCAUUGUCAAGGAAUCUGGAGCGUUAUAUACGGAACCUAAACAAGUUCCUUUGGGAUUAAUACGGGUAAUAUUUACUGUCAUACCUGGUUUGCUGAUAGGUGCAACCAUAAGUAAAACCAUAGCUAAUUUUUUGGAAGAGAAUGAUCUUUUUGUACCAUCUGAUGAUGAUGAUGAUGACUAA